GAAGAAAUUCAAAAUUCAAAGCUUUAAACGCACAUUCCCCAACCGAUAAAACGAGCGUGAGAGAGAAGAAGCAAUCAAUCAAUCAAAAUCAUCAAUGGAGAAGUACGAGAAGCUGGAGAAGGUCGGCGAGGGAACCUACGGCAAGGUCUACAAGGCCAAGGAGAUCUCCACCGGCCAGGUCGUCGCCCUGAAGAAGACCCGCCUCGAGAUGGACGAGGAGGGCGUCCCUCCCACCGCGCUGCGCGAGGUCUCCCUCCUCCAGAUGCUCUCCCAGUCGCUCUACGUCGUGCGCCUCCUCUGCGUCGAGCACGUCGACAACAAGAACGGCAAGCCCCUCCUCUACCUCGUCUUCGAGUAUCUCGACACCGAUCUCAAGAAAUUCAUCGAUUCCCACCGCAAGGGCCCCAACCCUAGGCCCCUCGCGCCGCAGCUCGUCCAGAGCUUCCUCUACCAGCUCUGCAAGGGGGUCGCCCACUGCCACAGCCACGGCGUCCUCCACCGCGAUCUCAAGCCGCAGAAUCUGCUGCUCGAUAAGGAGAAGGGGAUUCUCAAGAUCGCCGAUCUCGGCCUCGGGAGGUCGUUCACCGUCCCUCUCAAGAGCUAUACGCAUGAGAUCGUCACUCUGUGGUACAGAGCUCCUGAGGUUCUUCUCGGAUCGACUCAUUACUCGACUGCAGUUGAUAUGUGGUCUGUUGGCUGUAUUUUUGCGGAGAUGGUGAGAAGGCAAGCCUUGUUUCCUGGGGAUUCUGAGUUUCAGCAGCUUCUCCACAUUUUUAGGUUGCUGGGAACGCCUACUGAGAAGGAGUGGCCGGGAGUUAGCUCUCUGCGCGACUGGCACGUGUAUCCCCAGUGGGAGCCUCAAAACUUGGCUCGCGCUGUUCCAUCUCUCGGACCUGAUGGUGUUGACCUUCUAUCCAAGAUGCUUCAGUAUGAUCCUGCUGAUAGAAUCUCAGCUAAAGCUGCUAUGGAUCAUCCCUACUUCGACAGUUUGGAUAAAUGUCAGUUCUGAGACUUAUCGAGCUUCAAAUGGACGCUACUCAACCCGAUUUCUAAGGAAGAGUUGAGAUAUUGUUGGCAUCAUCUUGGUGGCAAGAGCAACUUUGUUGUGUAGCAUUCAUUCAUUAUCAACUUCUACAUAAUGUAUCAACAUUUGAGACAUGUUCUACCAGAACAUGCCACUGUGGUGUCAUCUUAAUAGUUACUGUACACUGUUUGUGUUGCCACAUUAUAUGAUAAGGAAAGUGUGUUUUGUUUGUGUCA